AUGAAUGUUUUAACUUCACCCAAGGUUUUGACCAUCAUCUUUGUGACAAUUUGUGUCCUUCUGAAAGGUAUCAUUGGCAAAGAUGGUAUAUUUUACCUAGAACCUAAUAUUGAAAAGAAGGGUCUGCUCUUCACAUAUGGGGAAAAUGCAGAUGGAGAACUGGAACUAACCCUUGAGAACAAGGGGGGAUACAAAGAUUGGAAGAAAUUCAGCAUUGUACAUAUUUGUGAAGGCCAGCAAUAUACAGUAGUUGGUGAGAUAGGAAAGGGUGAAUCUAAGUGUAUUGGACGUCACCCUGGGAAAAAAGUGGACGAAAUUGCUGUCUGCCCCAUCACCUAG